CACACACACACACACAUCUGUCAGAUGUUCAUUCAUGUAGUACACAUGUGGAGCAUGUUUUCUUCUUCCUUUACUUUUUUAAUUUCCCUGACUGUUGCACAAAACGUUGGCAGUUCAAAACGCAAUUUGUCUAUCAGAGAUUAACAUUUCAGUGCACUUUAUCUGCCAAGCAGAUGCAGACUUGUAAACCUCUGCAUGCACAUAUUCUCAGAUGCACAAAGUCGCACACACAUACACAGUCCAUAAAAGACCACUCAUGACUGACCCAGUCGGAGAGUGUUGGGUUAAUCCACAAAGCGCUGGGAUUCUGAUACAUACCCCAACAGAGAGGAUUACCCUCCCAUCCUCUCAUCCAUCAGCCCAACCUCAUGCACAUACACUCUCAUAACAAUCCAACAUUAACAGAUGUGCCACUCUCAGCACUCACUACUACUGGGAGAUUGGGAGAGGGAGCGAGAGAGAUGGGUGAGAGGGAGAUAUUUACAGGAGGGCUGGACAGUAAGUGAAGAGGUAAGCAGAGAGAGAAACAGGGGUAUUCCGCAUGUUGUCGGUUCUUGUUGAUCUCUGUUUCUCACUCCAGUUUUUUGCAGGCCGAAUAACUCCACACUGGCUGGAGAUCAAAGUCUCCGCGGUCUCAGCAGCAUCACAUCUUGGGUGGACCUGACCAACUGAAUGCAGGACUUCAGGAGUUUUAGCGCUGGCUCCUCUUUGAGCUUUGAAUAUGAGUAGUGCUUAUCAGUCUGAAUGCACACUUUUCUUUGUGUGAAAUCAUGACGCUGUUGCAGGCUAAGUGAGAUUGCACUCUAACUAUCACCACUGACACCUGUCAAUCGGUUAACAAAAAGAGGAGAGGAGAAACAAAGCCAGGUAUAGAGAAGACAUGGAGGCCUGCACUUUGAAAGCAUCUUUCAGGAUGUGAGAAAACACGAAUCUGAUCUAUUCCUUCACAAAAAGCAUUGGAGUAGCAGUUGCUAUAAGGAUGGGCCCGUGUUCUGGUCUGCUGCCUCUACUGCUGCUACUUCCUAGCCUGCUUUCUGCUCAGCUCACCACUGUGUCUGAACUUGAGGACACCUCCAGCUUGGAGUUCACCCCAACUCCUUGUCUUACUGACCCAAAUACCACAGCAGAGAAAAGCUUGUCUUCUAGUGCUAUACCCACCAGUCCGGCUCCAGUAAAAGUGAGCACGGAGGAGGACUGGUCUGCCACAGAGAACUACCUCUACACUGGCAAUUCAUCCUCUUUGGCUGCCUCUACCUGUACACAGAGUUUCCAGCUGCCUGUUCAAUUGGGAUCUCCACCUAGAGACCUUCUCCCUCUCUUGCACCAAGCCAUAGCCUCUCUGACCAGUGCUGCCAACUUUCUCAACCUGAUAUUCCAAGCUAGUGAGCUGAGAGAAACGAGUGUACGAGAGGAUAUCGAGUGGUACCAUGCACUGGUGCGGACCAUGCUUGAAGGGGACAGGCCAAGCCUGGUCAGACGAGCUUUUCUAACAUUUGACGCUGACCCCACGAUCCAACAGCCCCAACUGGUGCUCCGUGCCUCCAAAGGCACAACCCAGGACAUUCUCCUGCAGGACCUGACUUCUGACUGGAGCAGCUUCCAUCCUCCGGCUCCUGACCAAAGCUGGUUUAAUACGUUUAAGUCUAGCUCUCCACCCCUCCAUGCCUUGUCUAAACGGGUUCUUCUAAAUGACUUAAGCACCCUAGACAGUCCCAAGUGGGCACGUGGGGAUAGUUAUGUGAUCAAUAGCAGUGGGGUUCAGUGGGGUGAAGCCCCUUUUCUUGAGUGCGUCGAUGGCCGUUUUUUGCCAGGGUGGUUACUCAGUCUGUCAAUGCCAUUUUAUGGGUUGAAGCCAGACCUCAGCCCAGAGUUCAGGGGUGUGAUCCGUGUCGACGUCAACAUCCAGGGAUUCAGUUUGGAUCAGUGUGCCAAUGGAGACUUUUGGUUUGCAAACACACAUCAGUGUAAUCAGACCAGCAUGGAGUGUGAGUCCAUCCCACAACGGGGCUUCCGGAUGGGUCAGUACUGCUGCCGAUGUAAAAAAGGCUACUACAGUCCAAAUCCAGACACAGAAAACAAAAGGAAUAGUACCCGAGCUUGUUACCCAGAAGUCCCUGUGUGUCUGCCCUGUUGGCCCGGCUGUGAUGAGUGCGAGGAUGGAGCCCCGUGUUGGGUGCAGGAAGACUGGCUCCUGAGGACAGCCGUCCUGGCUGUGCAGGGCCUCUUCAUGGUCCUUGUUCUUCUCAGCAUGCUGGUGGCAUAUCAGUGCAGGAGAACCAAGCAGAUCCGAUCAUCUGGGCUUUUGCUGCUGGAGAUGAUCCUGUGUGGCUCUCUGUUGCUUUACUUCCCAGUCUUCAUUUUAUACUUCAAACCCAGCACUUUCCGGUGUAUUCUGCUCCGUUGGGUCCGUCUGCUCGGCUUUGCCAUUGUUUAUGGAACUCUGAUGCUCAAGAUGUACCGGGUUCUGAGGGUGUUCCUGUCACGUACAGCCCAGAGAGUGCCAUACAUUACUACCACAGGUGUGCUGAGGAUGCUGGGAGUUAUAGUGCUUACUGUCAGCUGGUUCCUGUGUGCGUGGACCGUGGGCGUCCUGCAGAAUCGAGACCGGAAUGUUCCACUGCUGAUCAUUUCCACCACCUCAGAAGGACAAGGCUUCAGUGUGUGCGACCUGGACCGGUGGGACUACAUGAUGGCUGUGGCGGAGCUGUUAUUUCUGUGCUGGGGCAGUUUCCUGUGCAGUGCAGUGAAGGCGGUACCUUCAGCAUUUCAUGAACCACGUUACACGAGCAUCGCUAUCCAUAAUGAGCUACUGCUCUCCUCUGUGUUUCAUCUUCUCAGAUUCGCUAGACCAUCAAUUCAUCCUGACUGGAUGCUCUUGCUGUUCUUCACUCACACGCAUGUAACAAUUACUGUAACACUUGGCCUGCUUUUUGCACCUAAGUUUCUCCACAUGUCACGGCCUGGCCAAGAGGAAAUAGCUGCAGAGGUAUAUGAGGAUGAGGUAGACUUGCGACGCUCAUGUUCUUACCUCAACAGUAGUUUCAACUCUAACUGGUGGAGUGACCACAGCCUGGACGCUGAUGACAUUCGGGAUGAGCUGAAGAAACUGUAUUCUCAUCUGGAAGUCCACAAGACCAAGAGGAUGGCAAACAGUAAUCCCCACCUUCCGAAGAAGCGCAGCUCUCGACUCAGUAUUGGGCGGUCCCUUAUAAAACGGAUCAGCGAGAUCCCAGAAAGUUUAAGCAGGCAAUGCAGUCGUGAAGAUAAGGACGUCAAUGCUGCAAUAGGAACUAUAACCCGAUCAGGAUCUUAUUACAAAAGUCAUCAAACCACAAGCAUUAGGUUGACUGAAACUUUAAUGCAGCCCUCUCCCAAGCUGCGGAAGUCCCAUAGUGCCUAUGAUUGCACCCCAGAACGAGAGGUCUCCCUAUUAAACUCCUCAAUAAGAAGCACUGAGAAAAGGGUUUCACUGCAUUCUGACUCAGGAUCCAUCAAUGCAACAUUGCUGGUCUGUAAGUCUGCCAGUGCCCACAAUCUAUCGCUAGACACUAACCUUCUACUUCCAGAGCCCACCAGGUUUCAAAAGUCUCUUAGUGUCAUAGAACGCAAUGACCAUCGCUCUGUGACUUCUUGUAGGAGCACUGAAAAUGUGUCACUUGCUGGUAAAGCUGCCCCAGCAGAAAAGCCCCAGUCAACUGUGGAUGUUGAUAUAAAGAGGCAGACUUCAAGUGCCUUGCUCUCAGAGUCAUUUGACAAGGCAGAGGUCUGCCCGUGGGAGGUUCCAGAGGAACUGCCAGCAAACAAGAAUCAAAAACAUGUCACUUAUUCUAUUUCAAAACAAGAAGAACCCAAAUCACCUGGUGCUACGUCAUCACCAACACUGUUAUAUGUUUGUCCAUGGGAAUUCUUGCCACCUCCUACUCUUCCUGCAACAGAAACUGGAAAUGGUAUACAGUCAGAUGUUGAGUCCACAAAAUCUAAGCCUCCGAUCUCCUGUAGCGCUCCAGGGUCACCACAUACAAUCUCUGGCAAACCAAAGGACUUUCGGGUCUUCUCUUUCCGCUCCACUACCCAAAGUCUCUUUGCAGCAAAGGGCAUUGAGGAAGCUGGAAGAAGUAUGAGCAGAGAAAAAAGCCUACAAGAAAGUAAUGUUAAGGAGGGAACACUACAGAAAUCCCUGUCCACAUCCAUGAGAUUGUACCCAGGCAGUGCAGCUUCAGACAAGCGUACUCCACAGACACACAGACGGGCUAUGACUACCGUAGGCACAAAACCAUGCCUUGUCAAACAAAUAGCAAUACGGCUGCCAUCUACUGAUUCUCCUGAAAGGAGCCCCAGACAUACUGCUCCAGUUCACAUCUGUCCAUGGGAGUCAGAGGAGGUGAUCUUGGAGGUCAAGAAGCAGAAUGUGAACGACAGUGUGUUACAAAGACAAUACAGUGGCAAGCAAGUACUAUCUGGAACAGUAAGUAAUGAUGUCUUCAAACCCCCUGAGUUUCAACUUAAAUCAUUAUUGGCUGUUCCUAAUACAGAAGUGUGUCCAUGGGAUGUUCCAAAACCUUUUCAUCAAACCAGCAUUUCUGAAGUAUGUCCUUGGGAGGUGGUGGAAGUAGAGCAAUUGCAAAUCAAAAGCAUAAAUACUGAUGUCUGUCCUUGGGAAACCGAUGGUGACCCAUCAAGAGUCACUGAAGACAAUAUAUGUAAUACGAAUGUUGAAGGCCCUAUGUCUGAAGACACCCAGAAGCAGGUAAAUGUGAAGCCUGAAUCAUGCUCUUCCGUACUUGACACAAAUAUCUCUCAGGUUAGACCGGGAUCGAUCAAAACCCCUAGUGACACAAUAAAACCUGGUGAAAGGGUAAUUUAUGUUAAUGCAAAACAAAGUCUAGUAGACCAAGAACUUGGUCCUGAACUACCCCCACCUGUAACUGAAGUAAGUCCUUGGGAGUCUGAUCCAAACACAAAAGAUGCUACAAGACGGUCUUUAAAAGAGCCAAUGAUUAAGAAAUCAACUGCUUGUCCGUUGGAAGCUGAGGAUUCUGAGAAGUCAGAAGAGAGGCAGGGUUGUACAAACAACGGACCAAUAAAAGUAGAUCAAAAACAAGAAAAUGUUUAUGUAAAUGUGUAUAUUUGUCCAUGGGAGACAGGAGAGCCAGUCAAGACUGUGCAGAAACAAGAAAGUAUCCAUGCAGAUGUUUGUCCUUGGGAGACAAGAGAACCAACAAAGACAAUGCAGAAACAAGAUAGUGUUCUUGCAGAUGUCUGUCCAUGGGAGACAGGUGAGCCAGUCAAGACCUUACAGAAGCAAGAAAGUGUCCGUGCAGAUGUCUGUCCACGGGAAACAGGUGAGCCAGUUAAGACCUUGCAGAAGCAAGAAAGUGUCCGUGUAGAUGUCUGUCCUUGGGAGACAGGUGAGCCAGUCAAGACCUUACAGAAGCAAGAAAGUGUCCGUGCAGAUGUUUGUCCAUGGGAGACAGGUGAGCCAGUCAAGACCUUACAGAAGCAAGAAAGUGUCCGUGCAGAUGUCUGUCCAUGGGAAACAGGUGAGCCAGUCAAGACCUUGCAGAAGCAAGAAAGUGUCCGUGUAGAUAUCUGUCCUUGGGAGACAGGUGAGCCAGUCAAAACCUUGCAGAAGCAAGAAAGUGUCCAUGUAGAUGUUUGUCCUUGGGAGACAGGAGAGCCAGUCAAGACCUUACAGAAGCAAGAAAGUGUCCGUGUAGAUAUCUGUCCUUGGGAGACAGGUGAGCCAGUCAAAACCUUGCAGAAGCAAGAAAGUGUCCAUGUAGAUGUUUGUCCUUGGGAGACAGGAGAACCAACAAAGGCCUUGCAGAAACAAGAUAGUGUUCUUGCAGAUGUUUGUCCAUGGGAGACAGGUGAGCCAGUCAAGACCUUGCAGAAGCAAGAAAGUGUCUCUGUAGAUGUUUGUCCUUGGGAGACAGUAGAAGCAACAAAGACCUUGCAAAAACAAGAAAGUGUUAACUCAGAUGUCUGUCCGUGGGAGGCAAAACAAUCACUCAAACAAUCUGUGCCACAAGGCUGCACUCAUGCUGUCUCAUCAAAAAGGCAAGACAGUGCUCAAGACUCUGUCUGUCCCAGAGAAAAUGACAUGGGAACACCACCAAUAACAGAAAGCAGCACAACUCAAACUGUCACAGAUAAAAGUGUGUUACACCCUUCAGACACAUGCACACAGACAGCAGAAGAGAUGAGAGUUAACCCUCCUCUGGCUCGGCAUGAUGCACUGUGCCCUUGGGAAAUGGGAGGGGGUAGACAAGAAUCUAUAACCGUGCAUGAUAAUUCAGAUGUCUUUACUUGGGAGGAGACAAUACCAGAGGAAGAUGACGGUGAUGCAGAAACUGCUGCAGAGGCCUUCAUCUUCCCUCCAGACUUGUGAACUGUGAGGGCAGUAUCACUGUGCUUUAUAUAGCUUGAAAAGACUUGUUGUGACAAAAUGGAUCACUGGUCACACUUUUCAGCUUUAUUCAGAAUGCCACUCCAAUGUCAUCAGCACAAAUCACAGACUGUUAUUUAAGAAAGGAUUGCACCUACUGUAUGGCAGCUUUCUCCUUCCUCAGCUUACUAAACCUUAUCUAAAAACUAAUAUCAAGACAGACUGCUCUCCUGUGCAUAUUCCCCUUUGGCCUUACAUUAUCACAAACCCCAUGUUUAAUUUGGUAUUGUUUUGUGCGUAUUUGUGUUCCUAUUGCUGUGUAGAUUAUAUUGUCAGAAAACUUGCAUCAUCAAUAUACCCUGGGUGGAACAUUUAGAAAGUUCGAUUUCACACAUUGUCAGUCAAAAAUCAUUACAAGUUAAAGGGGUCAUUGGAUGCAAAAUUCACUUUUACAUGGUUUGCAUAUAAAUGUGUUGUUGCAGUGUGUGCACACAACCACCCUGCAAUAAUAAAAAUCCAUUCACUCCUUUUUUUUUUAAUCCCCCAAAAAACUAAAGUCUCAAUCUCCCGUUUUGAUUUUCUGAGCAGUAUGACCCCGCCCACGACCGCUGAUGGACUGUCCCGUAAAGAGAAUUUGAAGCUGACGUAACACUGCGUUAAGUUCUGGGAAAAUGCUUUGUUUAUCCACCAUACCGGGAGGAU